AUGUUUUCAAGAGUCAACAAGAAUCAAAGUCAUUCAUUGAAUGAACACUUGGACGAUGCAUCUGCAUCAUCUUUCAACUCCACAUUAAAUGGUAGUAAUCAACAUUAUACCAGCAAUGGUAGUGGUAACCAUUCCAAAACAUAUUACCAUUAUAGUAACGAUAGCAGUACCAGCAUUAAGAACAUAAGCGAAAAUAAGGAGGGUAAACGUUAUUCUAUGGAGGAAGUGUUCAAGGUAUGGUAUGAUAACCAGGAAAAGAUUUUGAGUUUGAAAACAAAAACCAGCAGCAACGAAAAUUAUAAGCUGGCCGAGCCAGAGCCGAUUUAUCAUCUCGUUUUACAAGAAAUGAAAUCUGAUUCUAGUGCCAAAACUCAGGUUCAUCAGCAACCAGUGGCAGCUAUAGGGGGUCAUCAGCAACCAGUGGCAGCUAUAGGGGGUCAUCGGCAACCAGUGGCAGCUAUAGGGGGUCACCAGCAACCAGUGGCAGCUAUAGGGGGUCAUCAACAACCAGUGGCAGCUAUAGGGGGUCAUCAACAACCCCCCGCACAACAACAAGAACGAGAACAAGAAAAGGAUCCAAGUUCGUUUGUAAAUACAGGAGUUGAUCAAGCAGAUGCUUCUAUAUUGAGUACUUUCAGCAAUUUGCAUUUGAGAAAUUCUGAUGGUAGUAGCACGGCAACCAAUUUUCAAGAACCGCUGCAUAAUUUUGUAAAUAGAUCCACCCUGCAAACUGGGAACGGUUCAUCAUCAUUUGGCUCCACGGUGUCAAGUGAACUUCCACCGCCGGGGAUUAUGAAACCUACUACCGCGUUAUUGACAUCUGACAAGUUGUAUUGGCAUUAUAUUGACCCAUCAGGGAACGAACAAGGGCCUUUUAGUGGUGACAUGAUGCAAGAAUGGUUUACGGGAGGUUACUUGGAUUUGGCCUUGAUGAUUAGGAGGAAAGAUGAAUCCGAAUUUCGAACUUUGAGAAGUUUAUGUGAUAGUGUUCAAGAGUACACACUUCCGUUCAAGGUUCCCUUACCGGAGUUGUUGCCAGUAAAGGAUCACACCGACUUUCAGUUUGCGAAUCAAGCAAAGAGUUUUGCUUUUGAGCAUAAACCUAUUAGGUUAUCUUCGUCAUCAAAUAUUCAGCAACAGUCUAUGUUAACGAGCGAAUUCAUAAAUUCAACAAGUGCUGACACGUUUGCAGUCAAUCAAAACCAGCCAAUUACCAAUCUCAACUCGGGGUUUCCAUAUGGGUCGAGCUUUGUUGGUCUUGACAAUUUUCAUCAGCCAACGGAUUCUUCUGGUAGAAACGGUAUGUUUGAGCAAAAUUUUGCUGCUCUUUCGUCGAUGCCGUCGUUGUUACAACAACAACAACAACAACAACAACAACAACAACAACAACAACAACAACAACCGCAACAACAACCACAACCGCAAUUACAACCGCACCACCACCACCACCACCAUCAACAGCAGCAGCAGCAGCAGCAACCACCACAACCACCACAACCACAACCACAACAACAUGAGCCUUUGCUAUCUCGAAGCAAUAGUGCUUGGGCACUUGAAACUCCAUCUCCUAUUGCUGGAAAUUUAUCUGGUCCAGCUUCAGCAACGGGCUCCAAUUCAGGUACUUUUAUGAGUGCCUUGAACAAUGUUGGUCCUAUUAAUGCCAACACUAGCCAAACUAGCCAACCGGCUCCAAUAUCACCUUGGAACACAACUGGUACUAUUGGCCAGUCUGUUUCAAGAAUAAAUUCACCGUUCAUUUCCAGCACUAAUUUGAGUAACAAUUUUAGUUCAGCAGCAGGUCACGGCGUAGGAGUUGGUGUAUCAAGAGAUGACCAUUUGGUAGAUGAUCAUGACAGCGCCGUUCUAAAUUCAGUUGUUACCGAUAUUUUGCAGGAUGAAAGCGAGCCAAAGAAGGAACCAGCAUCUAUGGUUGCCAAACAAACUCAAUCACUUGGUAAACAGCAGCAAAAGCAAGAGCGGUUGCUGCAACGACCAUCAGAAAGUGAUAAAGUUUCCAAAGCCAAUUUUUCUCUUGAGGAAGAAAUCACGGCGCCUCCAACAAGAACUGUUGACUUGAAACCUUCAAAACCUCAAGCAUUGGCUCCGUGGGCGGCAAAAGCGAAAGAAGAAGCCACAUCAUCUUUGAAAGAGGUUCAGAAAGUUGAACUUGAGAAAAUAUCACAACAAAGAAAAGCACAAAAUAAGUUAAAGUUAGAACAAACUUCUAAGGCGUGGGCAAUGGAAGCCGCUGCCGAAAAGUCAGCAGCUACUGAACAGGAAAAACGUAAAGUACAAUUGCCUUUAUCCUGGGGUACCCCGGUUGAGAAACAUGCACCCGUCAAGUCAUUAGCGGAAAUUCAAAAGGAGGAGGCAGAGCAGGCCAAAGCCAAGAGCGCAGCAGCAGCUGCUGCCGCAGCUGCCGCAGCUGCCAACAGUGCUCACAAUGGUAGUGGUGCUGGUACUAGCGCCGUUACAAAUAUGUCGUUUGCCAAUGCAUUAGCAAAUGCGGUGCCCAGUGAAGAUACAGCUGCAUGGACUACCGUGACAUCCUCGAAGAAACCAGUUGUUGUUAAAAAAACUGGAGGAAGUACUACUACUUCUUCUUCUUCUUCUGGGGUACCACCUUCUAAGGUUACACCUCAAUUAUUGCGUAAUGUAUCAGCAUCUAAAACUGCCACUACUGGGAUUAAUUAUCAAGCUAUUAGAGAAGAGUUUUUGAUCUGGGCGAGAGCUCAAAUGACGAAUCUUUAUCCAAGUGUUUCCAAAUUCGAUUUGCUCGAGAUGUUUAUUACUUUGCCUUCAAACUCUCAAGAAACCCAACAGUUAAUUUCAGAGACAAUCUAUGCCUCAAGCCCCACAAUGGACGGAAGAAGGUUUGCGCAAGAGUUUACUAAGAGGAAAACAAAAGCAGAUCAGAUGUUGGGUGGAGAAGGUGCAAAAGAUUAUGUCGCUUGGUCUGCUGCAAUUCUUUCGAGUGCAGAAAAGGUACAAAAGGUCGACGAAGACGGUUGGAGCACUAGCACCAGUGCUAAAACCAAGAAGAAGAGUGCCUCUAGAAAAUAA